GAUAAUGCCGAGAGGAAGGAGAUGGUUUUAGAGAGAGAAAGCGAAAGAUUUUUUAGAGCGAGAAAAAGGAGCAAUUACAGGGAGAAAGGGUUUUGUCUUUCUUCUCUCUCCGUCUGAAUCUUAUCCCUUUAACGGAACAGUAACCACAUCAUGUCCUCUUCACUCUCCGUUUGAUUCUUUCUCUCUGAUUCUAUCUACAGAUCGAUUCAUUUGAUUUGCUCUGUGAAGAAUUGAGGGCGGAUUUUGUUGUUUGACGAUUGUUUGUGCUCCAUACGGGUUAACCACAAUUCGUUUGCAGCUUGUUUCCGGGUUUGGAUCCUUUUCGGGAGUGAAUAGGAAACGUUUACGGUUACCUUCAUUCGGUUCAUGUCUGCUGACCUGGACAGCCCAGUUCAAAUCCAAAUGGCUGUAUCACUUUUUAGAAGUCCUUUAGGACGCGAGUACCAUGGAAAUGCUAGGAUCAAAGGGGCGAAAACCACUGGCAGAAGACGCGUUUUUGUUCAAACUGAAACAGGUUGUGUGUUGGGUAUGGAGCUAGAUCGAAGUGAUAGUGCUCAUAUGGUUAAGCGUAGGUUACAAAUCGCUUUAAAUGUUCCAAUUGAAGAAAGUUCGUUGACCUUCGGAGAUAUGGUUUUGAAUAACGAUCUAAGCGCCAUUCGUAACGAUUCCCCGCUUCUUUUAACCAGAAAUCUCUUGCAUCGAAGCUCUUCAACUCCUUGUUUAUCCCCCACCGGUAGAGACAUACAACAGAAAGAUCAAAGUGGGCCCGUUGAGAUCUUGGGCCAUUCGAGUCGUUUUGUGAGAGCGAAACAUCUCGUUGAUGAGGUUGUGAAAGCGAUGAAGACCGGAGUUGACCCGAUACCAGUGCACGGUGGGCUUGGGGGUGCUUAUUAUUUCCGGAACAGUAGAGGUGAAAGUGUCGCGAUAGUAAAGCCGACUGACGAAGAACCGUUUGCACCGAAUAACCCGAAAGGGUUCGUCGGUAAAGCUCUUGGUCAACCCGGGUUGAAACGUUCGGUUCGGGUAGGUGAAACGGGUUUUCGCGAAGUGGCUGCUUAUCUUCUCGACUACGGUCACUUUGCUAAUGUUCCCGCCACUGCAUUGGUCAAAAUCACACAUUCGAUUUUCAACGUUAAUGAUGGUGUAAGUGAACACAAUAAAAUUCAACGAAAAAAGAAACUUUUUAGCAAGAUCGCUUCAUUCCAGCAGUUCAUCGCACACGAUUUUGAUGCUAGUGACCAUGGGACCUCGAGUUUCCCGGUGUCUGCUGUUCACCGCAUAGGUAUAUUAGAUAUACGAAUUUUUAACACCGACCGACACGCGGGAAAUCUUUUAGUUAGAAAGCUUAACAGUGACGACGGUACAAGAUUUAGCGAAGUUGAACUCAUACCCAUCGACCACGGGCUUUGUUUACCCGAAGAUUUAGAAGACCCAUAUUUCGAGUGGAUCCAUUGGCCCCAAGCUUCAAUUCCGUUUUCAGAGGAUGAACUCGAGUACAUUGAAAAACUCGACCCGCAUGAAGACGCGGAUAUGUUAAAAAAUGAACUCCCGAUGAUACGAGAGGCCUGUUUACGGGUUUUAAUCCUCUGCACGGUUUUCUUAAAAGAAGCCGCCGCUUAUGGUUUGUGUUUGGCUGAAAUCGGUGAGAUGAUGAGUCGGGAAUUUAGGCGUGGUGAAGAGGAACCAAGCGAGCUAGAGGUUUUAUGCAUGGACGCUAGAAAAAUUGUAGCCGAGAAGGAGACGGAAAUUACGGUUGUACCCUCUGAGGUCGAAGCUGAAGAAGACGGAUUCCAGUUUGAAAUCGAUUACGAUGAUGCAGUGUUCGACUUCACUCCAAAAUUAUCAUAUGACAACUUGGGUUUUGGGUUCGGGAAGACCCCGCUUUCAAAACUUGAAGAGGAAGAAGAAGAAGAAGAAGAAGAAAGUGAAGAGGAAACGGAUGUACCUUCUGCUUCAAAAUUGUCAUUGAAGAUGUUGAGUUUAGGUAAUAACAGUGGUAUUAGUAAGUUAAAGAGCCAGAAGACGAAGGUGGAAAGCGGUGGUUACUUGGCGGUGAAUUCGUCGUCUGGACACAGGAGUGCGAAUGAGCCGCUAGCAGCCGGUGCGAGCUUUGUGAAGUUGGGUGACAUGACUGAAGAGCAAUGGGAACUGUUUCUCGAGAUUUUUAAAGAUCUGCUUUACCCUGCGUUUGCGAAACGGAAGUCUGUUUCAACGGGUCAGAGGCAGAGACAGAGGCUCGGAACUUCUUGCCAGUUUUGAGAUAGGAGUACUACUACUACUAUGUUACUGGUUAUAUGGGUUUGACUUUGAAUAAGUUGACCUGCAGACUUGUGGGCCGGGUUUUAGAGUUAUUUAGCGUUUAGGGUUUAGUUAUUUCAGUUUAGUGGUAAAUAUUCUUUCUCGGGACUGUUAGCUGUUUAUUUUGGUUAUUUGUUGUUUCGUUAUGUUUAUAAAUAAAUUUGUUAAGAGACAAAAUUUGAUAGUACAUAUUUAUUUUACA